AUGAACAAUAUAAUAAACAAAAUUGACCCUAAUUUACAAAAGAAAGAAAAGGGUUAUAUAAAUAUUAAUUUCAAUUUUAACGAAACAAAAAACGAUAUGGAAAAAAUAUCUUAUACACAGAAAAAUGAGAUAUCUGAUAAAAUUGUACAUAAUCAAGAUUUAUCAGAUAAUAUUCAUUACAUAAACAAUUAUUUAACUAGCAUUUUUGAUUCUGGAAAACGUAAAGAAUCGUGGGAUAAUCUUUUUUAUAGAACCAAUAUAAUAAAAGAAGAAAAAGAAAUGGAAGAUGAUAAAAAUAGUACAUUAUUAUUACGAGGUCCGACCAAAAAUUAUAAUUUGAACACUGAAUUGAAGCUGGAUGAUACAUAUGAAUUUGAGAUACCUGAACAUGAGAAUGAAAAAAAAAAAUUUGAUUCUAUAAAUAAUACCUUAAAUACAAAACAUUCAGAAAAUAUAGAUAAUGUAGAAAAUAUAGAAAAUAUUAAUAAUAUGGGAAAUGUUCAGAAUGAUGAAUUUUUAUAUAAUGAAUUUAUUUUCAGUGGACAUCCAAAUAUAGAAUUGAAAAAAGCAAAUACAACAGUUGUUAAUAAUUUAAAUAAAGAAGAUGUUUUAAAACAGGGAAUUAUGUAUCAUGAUUUUCAUUCAUUUAAUAACAACAAUUUUGUUGAUGGGUGGUGGUUUAGAAGAAAUCAAGAAAUUGAUAAAAUUCCAAAAAAUGAAUAUUUAGAACAUUCUAUAAAAGACUCAUACGAAAAAACAGAUUAUCCAUUUUUUAAUGAGAAUUAUAUAAAAAAUGAGGGAAAUUAUACAAACCAUACAAUUGAUAAUAUUGUAGAAGAGAAUGAAAAUGACAACAUGCUAUUUUUAUUGAAUGAGAAAAGUAACAUACAAGAAAUUAUAGAUUCAAGCAAUAAAUACAAAAAUAUGAUUCAUAUGAAAAGAGAAAAUAUUUCAAAGAAGGAUCCAAAUGUAUAUGAUAAUUUUCCUACAUAUAAUAAGAAUAUAAUAGACACCAAUUCAAAUAUGAACAUUUCUAAUGGGAAGAAUUUAAAUGAAUCUCAAAAAAUGGACAUGCAAAAUGAAGAUAUAAAACUUAUUCAGUUGAUGAAUAAAAUGUUGCAAGAAAAUGAAAAAACUGAUACCAAUUUUAAGAGUGCUUUUAAUUAUGCCAAUGGUUCUGAAUUGAAUGUAGAUAAUAAAAAGAAGUUGGAUAUGCAAAAUGGGAAAUUAUAUCAGAAUAAUUGUAAUUUAAGUAAUAAUAAUAAUAAUAAUGAUAAUAAUAAUAUGGAUAUACAUCAUAAUAUGGGGGAAUAUAAUAAUGUAGAGAUAUAUAAUACAAAUUUUAAUAUUGAUAAAAGGAAUGGUGAUAUAUUAAAAUACUCUAAUACCGACAUUGUGUGGGAAGAAAAUAUAAAAAUCUUGGAUUCAAUAAGUAGGGAUUAUUCUAAAAAUGCUAUGCAUUGUCCUUCAAACAAUACAGAAAUGAAGCAAAUUUACAAAAAUGAUGAUAAUGGAGGCAACAUAUUAUUGGAGACUUUGAAAAACAAUAUAAAGUUAUUAUUAGAAAAUGAGAAGGAUGAUAAUGUAUUAAGUGAACAUAUUAUACGCACUCUAGAUGAUUAUAAUAAAAAAAAAGACGCUUAUAUGGACAAGAACAAUAGUAGCGAUUAUAAAAAUAAUAACUGUCUUAAUAUGAAUAGUAGAAACAUCCGUAAGGAUUAUAUAUCAAAUGUGAAUUCUAAUAUGAUGAAGGAGAAUAUUACAAAUAUACAACAUGAUAUAGAAUUAAAUCAUAAUUAUGAAGAAAAAAGUAUGAAGAAAAAAGGGAAUGAUAAUAAUAUUUUAUGUAGGGGAAAUAUGUAUGAGAGUUUAAUAUUCCAUAACAAUUCUGAUAAAACGAAUAUGCAUAAUAAUAAUAGUAAUGGUAAUAAUUUGAAGGGUUCCUUGUUAGAUGCUUAUGUUAUUGAUGAUAAAGUACAGCUUAAAAAUAAAAUUUUAGGAAAUCAAAACAAUAUGGAAUAUUUUCCCAAGUGUGCUGAAGAAUGUAUGGAUAUGGAGAAACGUAAAAAAUUGAAACUUGCAGAAUUGUGGAAAUAUAAUUCUGGGGGUGAAAAAAAUGAGACAGUGCUGAAUAUAAAUAAUGUUCAUAUUGAUAAUAAUAAUAAUAAUAAUAAUGGUGAUGGUAGUGUUGUUAUUCUAGGGCAAGAAAAAAAACAUGAACCUAAAAUGGAUAUGUACAAAAGUGGAAAACCUUUUUACGACAUAGAUAAAAGAGCUCAUUUGAAGGAAGAGUACAUUAAAUUAUUAGGAAACGAAAAUGUAUACGAAACAAAAAAAAAAUCCCAUUGUAGUGUUUCUAAACAAACUGAGAAUGUGCCCAAGGUAAGAAAUGCAAAAGGUUACAAUGAUUUAUUUAUGAAAAUACAAAACAUAAAUGAAUUAAAUUUAGACACAUAUUAUAAGGAUGAAGAGAAUAGAUAUACUGAUAGGAAAAAACUAGAAUGUAUGAAUGAAAAUAAGUCUGAAGAAUUUAUAAAAAUAAAAAAAGGGAAUAGUAGCCCUUAUGAUGAAGCUUUUAGUUUUUUGUGUGGAUAUAUAGGAAAAAAUAUUAAUGAGUAUAAGAAAGAUGAUGAUGAUUUUAACAAUAUGGAUAUAUAUAAUAAUAAUAAUAAUAAUAAUAUUAAUAGGAAUAACAAUAUUAAUAAUUAUAGUAAUAAUUAUAGUAAUAAUUAUAAUAAUAAUUAUAGUAAUAGUUAUAGUAAUAGUUAUAGUAAUAAUUAUAGUAAUAAUUAUAGUAAUAAUUAUAGUAAUAAUUAUAAUAAUAAUUAUAAUAAUAAUUAUAAUAAUAAUAAUAAUAAUAAUAAUUAUAGUAAUAAUUAUCGUAAAAAUUAUAUUAAUAACAAUAGUAAUAAUUGUAGUAAUAAUUGUAGUAAUAAUUGUAGUAAUAAUUAUAGUAAUAAUAGUAACAAUAAUUCUUCUUAUUAUCAUCAUUUAAAUGAUUCUAUAAAAAAUGAAGAAAAAAAAGAAGUAAUGUUUGACGAAAAUAUAAAUAAGAAUGAAUCAUGGGGUUUUGAUAAAGACGGGAGUUAUAAGUAUCUAAAAAAUAAUAAGUUUGAAAGCGAGAAAUAUAAUGGAUAUAUAAUUAAAAGAGAGGAAGAAGAUAGUUGUCUUAAAAGUAAGAGUUUGUGUUUUAAUAAAUAUAAAAGGGAACAUGGGAAUUAUCAUAAAGAUAGUGAUCUCUUUUUAUAUAAGAAUGAAUCAGGAUUAGGAAAAAGAGUUGAUAAUAAUAAUAAUAAUAAUAAUACUAAUAAUUAUAAUUGUAGUAGUAGUAGUAGUAGUGCUUUUAAUUUUUCCAGUAGAAAAAAAGACAACCCUUUUCUUUCCUUUCAUAAAGGUGGGAAAGACGCAGAUGAUAAGGAUAGUAUUUCUAAUGUAUCUAGUAUGAACAUGUAUAAAAACAAUACAUUUUUUGUAAAAGGUAGAUAUAGUAAUAAUUAUGAAAAUACGAAAGUUGUCGAACGUGCAAAAGAGGAAAUUUGUAAAGGACGAGAGAAGAAUGGGAAUAAUAAAAAUGAUGUGGAUAAUCAUUUGAAAUAUAAAAGCAUGAUAUCUAAUUUAAAAAUGAAAAAGAAACAAAGUACAGAUAUAAUAAAAGAAUUAAGUAGUGAAGAAGUAAAAUCCUUAUUAACAGUACAAGAUGAAAAUAGUUUGGAGAUAUUAUUAGAAUCUCUUUAUGAAGACAGGAUAUUACCAUUGUUAUUUAAUAUAAAAGGUAGGGCAGAUGAAUAUGAAUAUAGAGAAAUAUUAAGAAAUAAUAUAAAAACAGCAUAUAGUUUAUAUCCAGAGAAAUAUAUAGUAAAACUGAAUGAAAGUGGUGAUGAUUAUAUAAUAUAUUUUACUAACAAGAAAGUAUCAGAGGAUUAUUUUAUGUCUAUAAAUAAUUUAAAGGAUAUAUAUAGUUCAAAUUUAUGGAAGCAAUUUGAAGAGUAUUUAGAGGAAAUAUCUAAAUCAGAGGAUGCAACCUUGUAUACAUUUUCAGGAGGAAGAUAUGGUAUGGCAAAAGAGUUGAAGAAAAGAAAUCUUCCAUUUUUUGAAGGUUUAUUUCUGGGACAGCUGUGUCAUAUUGUUCAUAUAAGUACAAACAAAAAAAUAAUAGCAUAUGAGAACAAUUAUUUAAAACCUAUAUCGCAAUGUCACAAGUAUACAAGUGCAAAGAAGGGUAUUAUAAAUGGAGGUGAAAAGAAUGUAGAAAAUUAUAUAAUGACUAUUACUGAGUUGAGACAUUAUAUGAAUAAGCUUUUGAAAUAUUAUAAGGGAGGUUUUAAUAUAUCAACAUUAAAGAAAAAAUUAAAAAAUAGAUUUAACAAGCAGAUAUGUGAGAGUGUCUUUCAUUGUAUUAAAUUGAUAGAGGUAUUACAGUUGGAGGAAUUAAAGGAUAUAUGUGUUGUUGACAUGGAAACUAAAAUAGUGAAGAGUGUCACUGAUUCAAUGUAG